AGAGGAGCUGGAACGUCGCAGACCCGCGAGGCUCCUCGCCUCGGCCCCACCCCCGUGGUGGGUCCCAGCCCCGCCUAUCCGGGUCCAGGCUGGCACUCUCGGCUGCUGGCGGUGCGACGUUGCAGUCCCAGCCCAAGGGUCGGACCUGCCGCCCCCUACCCUAGGCUUGGGGGUCCCCUCUCCCCCGCCCCCUCCUGCCGAUCGCCACCACCCCUAGCCUCUCCUGCUGAGCUCGGCGCCCCAGAGAGGAUUAACACUCAGGGAGGGAGGGAGCUCCCUUUACCCAAGGACGUGGCUGCCUGUGUGAAUAGCAGGGGCCACAAGCUGGGACACUCCUGAUGUCAGAAGUGAGUGGGCAGGUCGACUGACCACAGGCAGUCUCUGAGUCAAGGCCCUCUCUCAGCAUCAGCAUGGACUCCAGGAUCUCAUCUGAUAAGGGCUGGUUCAGCAGCCACCCUCCCACUUCUGAGCCUGACCUGGAGCCUGCUACAGAUGGGCCAGUUUCUGAGACCACCACCCUCAGCCCAGAAGCUACCAGCUUUAAUGACACCAGAAUCCCUGACGUGGCUGGUGGCACAGCCGGCGUGGGCACGAUGCUUCUGUCCUUUGGGAUCAUCACAGUGAUUGGCCUGGCUGUGGCCAUGGUUUUAUACAUCAGGAAGAAGAAGAGGCUGGAGAAGCUACGCCACCAGCUUAUGCCUAUGUACAACUUCGACCCCACGGAGGAGCAAGAUGAGCUGGAGCAGGAGCUGCUGGAGCAUGGGCGGGAUGCUGCCUCCAUGCAGGCCGCCGCCGCUGUGCAAGCCAUGCAGGGCAAGACCACUCUCCCUUCUCAGGGCCCGAUGCAGAGGCCCAGCCGGCUGGUGUUCACUGAUGUAGCCAAUGCCAUCCAUGCAUGAGUGGCCUGGGGACAGGCCUGGACCUCUUAUGAAGAUACCUGCCACAGUGCCCACAGAGCUGCCCACUCCAAGAUCAUUAAGACCUACUCUCAGGACCUGCCCUGCCAAGGCCUCAGCUGUUUUGAGGACCCACCUGCCAACUCUCCAGGCCCUAAGAGAGGCCCCUGGCUGAGUUGGGCAUAAGGCCUCUGACAUUCCCCGAUCUGAGGGCCCUGGCGUGGAGAGCAUCCCUCAUGUCAGAAAGAUGGAGAGCCACUGCUAGCUUCCUUGUGCUCUUCCCAGAUCCCUCACAUAAGGGUCUGCUCCUCUGAUGUGGAGGAAGUGGAGGGAGGCGUGGGAUGGGAGGGGAAAGGGGAGGAGGGGGAGUUUACUUCUGUCAGCGAGAGACCUAUCUUUGGAAUCUGGAGCCUCCUCUAGGGUGGGGAGAGGCAACAACCCAGGUCUGGGGGACAGGGUAUGGGGGCACCCUGGGAGAGGCUUGGUGAUAGAGCUGAAACUGCCCAGCUGGCAAGGAUGCCAAAAGGAGGGAUGCUCGUACCCAAGGUCCAUCCAUAUUAUAGCGAGUCCGUGAGGUCUUCCAGCACCCCCUCCCUGGCAGCUGGCUGUCUGCUGGGCCCAAGCUUUGAUGGGAGCUGAGGGGGAAGGGCAGAGGGGAGCAGGUGUGGAGAAAUGCUGUGCUCAGACCUUCUGGAAGGCCUCAUGCACUUGUGUGAAUGUGCCCACACGCAGAUAUGUGCCUGUCCCAGCACAGGGGGCAGGAUGGAGACUGCUGCAUUGGCUCCACUCUCCAAAUUGACCCCCACCCCCAGGGGUGUGGAAGAGUGUUGUGUAGACCCUCUUCUCUGCCUUCAUUGUUCAGGGACUGAAGGGAGAAGGAAGCAAAGGCAAGGGUCCCAUUGUCCACCACAUCUCUUCACUGGGCUCUAGAAGCCAAGUAUCUUGCUUCUGAAACAGUUCCCUGUCUUGGUACACCACAUCUAUUUUGGGGAUCUGGGGUUGGGGAGAGGUUAUUGGUUGAAGGGCAGUGGUCACAGGGCAGUGGUCAGGGGUUGCAGGCUAGUGGAGGAAGUUCUUACUGCCUGACACGGGGUAGGGUUAGCUCCUUGGGAAGCAGACCAAACAGACUUAGUCUGGUGUGUUUUUUGUUUGUUUAUUUUUCUGUUUGUUUGUUUGGUUAGUUGGU